AUGACGGGAGCCAUUUACGUGGCAGGAGCAUUGGAUUACGAAACGAGAAAAAGAUACGAAUUACGGUUGGCAGCAUCGGAUAAUUUAAAAGAAAAUUACACGACGGUUGUCAUACAUGUGAAAGACGUUAAUGACAAUCCGCCGGUAUUUGAACGUCCAACGUAUAGAACUCAAAUAACGGAAGAAGAUGAUAGAAAUCUUCCAAAACGUGUUCUUCAGUAUACCUUGAGAUUAUCGGCAUCGGAUAGUCUUAGUGAAAAUUAUACGACGGUAGUGAUAAACGUAAGAGACGUCAACGAUCUACCACCCGUUUUUAGUUCGACAAUGUAUUCGGCAACGUUACAAGAAGAACACGAAGGUCCAUAUCCCGUCAAAUUACUCCAGGUAACGGCAACGGAUGGCGAUAAAGAUAGACAUCAAAAUAUUGUUUAUUUUCUCACCGGACAAGGUAUCGAUCCGGAUAAUCCGGCCAAUUCGAAAUUUGAUAUUAAUCGUACGACAGGAGAAAUUUUCGUUUUAAAGCCUCUAGAUAGAGAUCAACCGAACGGAAGACCUCAGUGGAGAUUUACGGUAUUCGCACAAGACGAAGGUGGCGAGGGUCUCGUCGGCUAUGCGGACGUUCAAGUGAACUUAAAAGACAUCAACGACAAUGCUCCGAUAUUUCCACAGGGUGUUUAUUUUGGUAACGUCACGGAAAACGGAACGGCGGGAAUGGUCGUCAUGACAAUGACGGCUGUAGAUUACGACGAUCCGAACGAAGGGACAAACGCGAGGUUAAUAUAUUCCAUAGAGAAAAAUGUCAUAGAAGAAGAAACGGGGUCUCCGAUAUUUGAAAUAGAAUCCGAAACGGGAGUUAUAAAAACCGCGGUGUGUUGUUUAGAUCGUGAAAGAACUCCGGAUUAUUCGAUACAAGUUGUCGCGAUGGACGGUGGCGGUCUCAAAGGGACGGGUACGGCAUCUAUAAGAGUGAAAGAUAUUAACGACAUGCCACCGAUGUUUACCAAAGAUGAGUGGUUUACGGAAGUCGAUGAAACCGCCGGCGCGAGUUUACCCGAAAUACCGAUUUUAACGGUGACGGUACACGACGAAGACGAAACAAACAAGUUCCAGUAUAAAGUCAUUGAAAACAGCGGAUAUGGAGCCGAUAAAUUUACGAUGGUUCGUAAUAACGACGGAACCGGAUCUUUGAAGAUAGUCCAACCGCUCGAUUAUGAAGAUCAACUACAGAGUAACGGAUUCAGGUUUCGAAUACAAGUCAAUGAUAAGGGAGAAGAUAACGAUAAUGACAAAUAUCACGUUGCUUAUUCGUGGGUCGUAGUAAAACUCCGAGACAUAAAUGACAAUAAGCCGACGUUCGAAAGGCCUAAUAUAGAGGUAUCAGUUUACGAAAAUGCGGAGGUUGGUAAAAGUUUGGAAACGUUUAAAGCAACGGAUCCGGACCAGGGCGGUAGGAGUAAGGUAUCGUACGCCAUUGACAGAUCAUCGGAUAAGAAAAGACAAUUUGCCAUCAAUCAAAGUGGCACGGUGACGAUUCAACGUAAUUUAGACCGAGAAGAAACCCCUCGACACCAGGUUAAAAUUUUAGCUAUCGACGAUGGCAUACCACCGAAAACGGCCACGGCAACACUCACUGUUAUCGUUCAAGAUAUUAACGACAAUGCUCCGAGAUUUCACAAAGACUACAGACCGGUGCUUCCCGAGCAUGUGCCGCCCAGAAAAGUUGUCGAAGUAUUAGCAACCGAUGACGACGAUAGAUCCAAAAGCAACGGCCCUCCAUUUAUUUUCAGGCUCGAUCCAAAUGCUGAUGACGUCAUAAGAGCUUCAUUCAAAGUUGAACACGAUCAAAAGGGUGCAAACGGAGACGGAAUGGCUGUCGUUUCAUCUCUCCGUUCUUUCGACAGAGAACAACAGAAAGAAUAUUUAAUUCCGAUCGUAAUAAAAGAUUCUGGUAAUCCAGCAAUGUCUGGAACAAGCACUUUAACCGUAGUCAUCGGUGAUGUCAAUGAUAACAAAAUGCAACCCGGGUCUAAAGACAUAUUGGUUUAUAAUUAUAUGGGUCAAGCUCCCGAAACGGAAAUCGGUAGGGUCUAUGUUUACGAUCUCGACGAUUGGGAUCUUCCUGAUAAGAAAUUUUAUUGGGAGACGAACGAAGGACAUCCGAGAUUCAAAUUAAAUGAAGAUACCGGAAUGUUAACGAUGAAACACGGGACGAAAGAAGGAAAAUAUCAUCUGCGGUUUAAAGUUUACGACCGGAAACACACUCAAACUGACAUUCCUGCCAACGUGACGGUGACCGUUAAAGAAAUAUCACAAGAUUUGGUAUUAAAUUCAGGUUCGGUGAGAGUUUCCGGUAUAACCGACGAGGAUUUUAUUCGAGUUUGGAAUUAUAAGAAGCAAAGCGUUGACAGAAGCAUGAUCGACAAAUUCAGAGAAAAACUUGCGGAUUUGUUAAACGUUGAAAAAGAUUUAGUUGAUGUUUUUAGUGUUCAAUUAAGACGAAAACAUCCGCCAUUAACGGACAUAAGAUUUGCAGCUCAAGGCUCUCCCCACUUCAAACCCGUCAAACUCAACGGAUUGGUUUUGAUUCACAGAGAAGAAAUAGAAAAGGACGUAGGAAUAAACAUAACAAUGGUGGGAAUUGACGAAUGUUUAUACGAAGGACAAGCAUGCGAGCAAAGUUGCACGAACACAUUGGAUAUAAACAAUUUACCGUACACCGUAAAUGCGAAUAAGACGGCCUUGGUCGGAGUUAGAGUUGACGUGAUAGCAGAAUGCACGUGCGGGGCUAGAAAUUUCAGCAAAGGGGAAUCUUGCAAAACGAGUCCUUGUUACAACGGCGGAAGAUGCGUGGAGGGACGAUACGGACUAAGUUGCGUUUGUCCAAGCGGUUAUAACGGACCCAGGUGUCAGCAAACAUCUAGAAGUUUCAGAGGAUCCGGUUGGGCUUGGUAUCCUCCGUUAGACAUGUGCGACGAAUCCCAUUUGAGCAUUGAAUUUGUCACUCGUAAACCUGAAGGUUUGCUUUUAUACAACGGACCGAUAAUUGCACCGGAACCGGAAGAAAUUUUAGUUUCGGAUUUUAUAUCUCUCGAAUUGGAAAGAGGACAACCGCGACUUUUGAUUAAUUUCGGUUCAGGAACUCUGGAACUCCGGAUAAAAUCUAAGAAAACUUUGGACGACGGUGAAUGGCAUAGAAUCGAUGUUUUUUGGGGAACCGAAAUCGUUCGUUUGGUUGUCGACUAUUGUAAAUCGGCGGACAUUUCCGAAAUGGAAGAUGGAUCUACACCUGAAAUAGAUUUGACGAGUUGUCAAGCAGAGGGCACGAUUCCUUUGUUCAAUCAGUUCCUUAAUUUAAACACGCCUUUGCAACUCGGAGGAUUACACAUGGAAAACGUGGAUCCCAUUCAACUUCAUUGGCAGUACAUGCCGAUCGGUAAAGGUUUCGACGGGUGCAUCAGAAAUUUAAUUCACAACAGUAAAUUAUACGAUUUGGCUCAUCCGGGUCUGAGUAAAAACAGCGUAUCCGGUUGUCCGCAAACGGAAGAGAUUUGUGCGAGCACCGAAAGUUUGGCACGAUGUUGGGAACACGGUACUUGCACGGGUUCCUUAGCAGAAGCUCGUUGCCAGUGUCAUCCCGGUUGGACGGGCCCCGCUUGCUACACUCCCACAGUUCCGACAACAUUCGCCAAACAAAGUUAUGUUAAGUACGCGUUAUCGUUCGAACCCGACAGAUUUUCAACGCAGAUCCAAUUGAGAUUCAGAACUCGGGACGAACACGGGGAAUUGUUUCGAGUUAGUGAUCAGCAUAACAGAGAAUACGCAAUACUCGAAAUUAAAGACAGUAAAUUACAUUUCCGGUAUAAUUUAAAUAGUCUAAGAACCGAAGAGCGAGAUAUUUGGUUAAGUGCUAUAACGGUUGACGACGGACAGUGGCACACGGCAAAAGUUUCCCGAUUCGGUUCGGCGGCAACAUUAGAAAUGGACGGUGGAGAGGGUAGAAGAUACAACGAAACGUUCACUUUUGAAGGACAUCAGUGGUUGCUGGUGGACAAACAAGAAGGAAUUUACGCCGGUGGCAAAGCCGAAUACACGGGCGUUCGAACGUUCGAAGUUUACGCUGACUACCAUAACGGUUGUUUGGAUGACAUUCGAUUGGAAGGAAAACAUUUACCACUUCCGCCCGCCAUGAACGGAACUCAAUGGGGUCAAGCAACGAUGGCGCGAAAUUUGGAAAGGCAUUGCGCUUCUAAGAAACCUUGUGCGAACGUCAUAUGUCCGGAUCCGUUCGAAUGCGUCGAUUUAUGGAACGAAUACGAAUGCACCUGUGGUGAAGGACGAAUUCAAUCUCCCGAUCUCAAAGGUUGCACGGAUAAAAACGAAUGUUUGGACAGUCCAUGUUUACACGGCGGUACUUGCAUCAAUCAAGAGCCAAGACUUCGGUACCGAUGCAUUUGCCCUCCCGGUUUUUGGGGUGAGCACUGCGAAUUGGUUCAAGAGGGUCAAACUCUAAAAUUAAGCAUGGGAGCGUUGGCCGCCAUUUUAAUAUGCCUACUCAUAAUAUUAGGUGUCGAUUGUGAAAAUGAAGAUGAAUGUUUGAUGAAUCCUUGUUUGAACGGUGGAAUAUGUAAAGAUUACAACGAUUCCCGUCGCUACGCUUGUCGAUGUCCUCCAAGUCACACGGGAAUGCAUUGCGAGUUGGAACUACAGCAAUCCGCUGUUGUUGCUUCCAUAGAUUUCAUAGUUGCCGUCAUAUUUUGCGUUGUUCUUCUACUCGUUUUGGUAUUAGUUUUCGUGGUUUACAAUCGACGUCGAGAAGCUCACAUUAAAUAUCCCGGUCCAGAUGAUGACGUACGUGAAAAUAUAAUAAAUUACGAUGACGAAGGAGGCGGUGAAGAUGAUAUGACAGCGUUUGACAUAACGCCGCUACAAAUUCCAAUCGGAGGACCGCUUCCGGAAAUGAAUACGAAACUACCCUUUCCUCCUUUAGGCUCCGAACCCAACGUUGGGAUUUUCAUUGAAGAUCACAAACGACGUGCCGACAGCGAUGCUAACGCCCCACCUUUUGACGAUCUUCGUAAUUACGCUUACGAGGGAGGCGGUUCAACAGCAGGGUCUCUAUCAUCACUCGCAUCGGGUACGGACGACGAGCAACAAGAAUUUGAUUAUUUGGGAGCUUGGGGUCCACGAUUUGAAAAAUUGGCGGAUAUCGUAAUUGUCACUUUGUGUCAAUAUGACAAAUUGUUGAAUAGAUUAAUGAAUGAAAGUCAAUUCAAUGAAGCCAUAUUUUAUUAUUAA